AUGAUUAUCCCGUUGAACACCCUUCUCUUCGCACUCCCUCUUCUCGUGCAUGCCCUCCCCAACCAUGUUCAUGGCAAAAGAUGUCAAGUCAAAGAUGCAGCUUCAAGCUCGACUCUUGCUGGUCAGGCUCUCGUAGCUACGGGUGGACGAGGCGGCCAUCAUUGGGGCGCGUCUGAGACUACUUCCGUGGUCGACGAGGCUGAACCCACAGAGGUUAGCGACUAUUCUCCCGAGGAGGAGGAAGAGGAAGGAGCAGGAGAAGAAGAAGAAGAAGAAGAUCGAGCAAUUGUUCCAACGACUAUCCGCAGCGCUGUUGGCAGUAUUGUCCCUUCCUCUGUCGCUGCCACUAAGACCAAAACCAGUGGCGGUGCUGCCUCUUCGGUGAGUAUCCCUGGUACAGCUCAAUCCUCGGUCGGUGAAUCUUCUUCGACCAAGUCCGCGACUGCGAGUGCGAGUCAACCGACAUCCACCGCUGGAACCGGAAACACCACCACUACUUUACCUUCUGGGGAUUGCUCUUGUGGAUAUGUCCUUAGUAGCUACGACAACGCGUACUUUCCCAAAGCCAUUAUAGCUUCUUUCGACACCAUUACCAGUGUAUCUGCUCUCGCCGGACUCGGACUAGAAAUCAAUGAUGGUUGGAAGGCAGGUAGUGUCGCCGAUGAUGGAACUUAUUGUCAAGGAGUAGCAAGUAACGUCGCGAUCAAUAAUGGGAUUCUGACGCUCACCGUACCAGGUGGCCAAUCUACUGGCGGUGUGGUUUCAGGUGCUGAAAUUCAGACCACGGAAGCUAUUACCGGAGGAGUUUUCACUAUGAACGCUCAACUUAGUCCAGUCUCAGGUACAUGUCAAGCAAUCUUUACCUAUACCGUGGAUGAUACGGCGAGUGGAGACGAACAGGAUAUAGAAAUGGUAUUCUCGCAGCCAGGAUUGCAGUUGACUAAUUGGGAUCCGACUGGCUCAGGCCUGAACGACUUCAGUAUUGAUCAAUUUCCCAAUGAACCUUCGACCAGCUUCAAUGAUUAUACUAUCGCGUGGUUGAAAGAUGCUACAUCAUAUUAUUACAAUGGUGUAGCAUUAGAUUCUCCCAAAAAGUAUCAGAGUGUCAACCCAAGUAAUGUCAUCAUCAAUAAUUGGAGCUCAGGAGAUCCGACAUUCAGUAUGGGGCCACCGGCCGAGGAUACGGUGAUGCAAGUCAAAAGCCUCACUUUCUAUUAUCAAACUGAGCCAAUGUCUAGCUAUCCGGCUUAUCCCUCAGGCUGUACCGAAGCUGAUGCCUGUAAAGUUUAA